UGCUGUUUGACCGGAUAAAGCACCGGGAGCUGCGGGAAGGAUCUCUAUUUCUCUACUUUUCUCCUCCUCUUCCUCCUCUGCUUCUCCUCUUCCUCCCUCUCUUCCUCCCUCUCUUUCUCUCUCUCUUUCUCUCUCUCUCUCUCUCUCUCUCUCUCUCUCUUCUGGGCUCCAUGCGGGUUUCUCUGUCCCGCUCCGCCGCACACACCGGGCCUUCCUGUAGCCGCCGCCCCGGCCUGCCUCUCCCUCCGGCCGGCGGAGCCUCCCAGCUGAGCCCCGCUGAGGUGGCCUGUUGCCGGGGAGAGAUGCUCCUCCCGGACUGAGGGCAGGAAGAUGUCCGGCAGGAUGCCUCUGACCCCGGUCAGCGAGAGGGACCCGGAGCAGCCAAAGUCCUCCGACGGCCUCCCAGAUCCACCAGCCCCGCCCACAAAAUCAGCAAGUCGUCACAAUAUUGCGCCAUGUCGCAGCUCCGUGUCAUCCUCCGCAGACGAGCAGCCACACAUCGGAAACUACCGACUGAUGAAAACCAUCGGAAAGGGAAACUUUGCCAAAGUCAAACUGGCCCGACACACUCUGACCGGCCGAGAGGUCGCCAUCAAGAUCAUUGACAAAACUCAGCUGAACCCCACCAGCCUGCAGAAGCUCUUCAGGGAGGUCAGUGUGAUGAAGACCCUCAACCACCCAAAUAUAGUGAAGCUGUUUGAGGUGAUUGAGACGGAGAAGACACUUUACCUGGUGAUGGAGUACGCCAGCGGAGGUGAAGUCUUUGACUACCUGGUCGCUCACGGUCGCAUGAAGGAGAAGGAGGCCCGAGCGAAGUUUCGCCAGAUUGUGUCAGCAGUGGAGUACUGUCACCAGAAGAGGAUUGUACAUCGAGACUUGAAGGCCGAGAACCUGCUGCUGGACGCCGACAUGAACAUCAAAAUCGCCGACUUCGGCUUCAGUAACGAGUUCACGCCGGGCAGUAAGCUCGACACGUUCUGUGGAUCUCCUCCUUACGCCGCUCCUGAACUCUUUCAGGGGAAAAAGUACGACGGGCCUGAGGUGGACGUCUGGAGUCUGGGAGUGAUUCUGUACACGCUGGUCAGCGGCUCGCUGCCUUUUGACGGACAGAACCUGAAGGAGCUGAGGGAGCGUGUUCUCAGAGGAAAGUACCGGAUCCCGUUCUACAUGUCCACAGACUGUGAGAACCUGCUGAAGAAGCUGCUGGUGUUAAACCCGGGGAAACGUGGCAGCCUGCAGCAAAUCAUGAAGGACCGCUGGAUGAACGUGAGCUACGACGAGAAGGAGCUGAAGUCGUACAUCGAACCAGAACAAGACUUCAACGACCUGCAACGGAUCGAGGUCAUGGGGACGAUGGGUUUCCCUCACGACGAGGUGAAGAAGGCGUUGGAGGGUCAGAAAUACAACGAGGUGACGGCGGUGUACCUGCUGCUGGGGAGCAAAGCGGCCGAGUGUGAGGGCAGCGAGUCCAGCACCAACCUGGUUCAAAGGACACGACCCAACAGUGAACUCAACGGCUCGGGUCAGUCCCCUGCCCACUCUCGCAACGUCACAACCAAUCAGAAGCAGCGGCGAUUCAGCGACCACGUGGCGCCGUCUAUCCCCCCACCUGUCUCCUACACCAAGCGUUGUCAUGCCAACAGCGUGGAGAGCGACAGGAAGGAGGAGCCGGCGUCACCUGUGGGAGCUCCAGACCGCAGGAGGUCAGCCACAGCCUCAGGGAGCAUAACUCGCAGGAACACGUAUGUCAACGACAGGAUGAGUACUGAACGCCACUUGGUGGCCGUUCACAACGGGAAGGACGGCAGUCUACCUGAGGUACCUGCAGCGUCCCCCUCCCCAUCGCCAGGGGCAACAGUGACCUCCACACGGCCCCGCCAUGUCAAGUCCAUGUCUGCGUCGGGACAUCCCAUGAAGUCCUGUCUGCCCCCCAUCGACGACAACGUAGAAUAUCAGAGGCCCCCCCAGCAGCCCCCGUCCUCGCCGUCAGCCUUCAGCAUCACCAGCAGCAGCACCACGCCGGACCGGACCCGCUUCCCCCGAGGCUCCUCCAGCCGCUCCACCUUCCAUGGCGCUCAGCUCCGAGACCGACGACCCGCCACCUAUAACGGCCCGCCUGCCUCUCCCAGCCUGUCGCAGCACGCCACCUCGCCACGCCGCGGAACCUCAAACUCCCUGAUAGGGAAGAUCACCUCCAAGUUCGUACGAAGGAGUUUCUCAGGUGAGCCCAAAGAAGAAGGGCGGGAGUCCAAGCCUCGCGCCCUGCGCUUCACCUGGAGCAUGAAGACCACGUCGUCCAUGGAGCCGGGCGACAUGAUGAAGGAGAUCCGGAGGGUUCUGGACGCCAACAACUGCGACUACGAGCAGCGAGAGCGCUACUCGCUGUUCUGCGUGCACGGCGACGCCCGGCAGGACAGUCUGGUCCAAUGGGAGAUGGAGGUGUGCAAGCUGCCGCGCCUCUCGCUCAACGGCGUGCGCUUCAAAAGGAUCUCGGGCACGUCGAUCGCCUUCAAAAACAUCGCCUCCAAAGUGGCCAACGAGCUCCGGCUGUGAGCGAGCCCGGUUCUUCGUUAGUGAACACUGAGAAACACACCUUCAUAUAUUCCACUCACUAUUUAAUGUUAGCACUAAGUGUUUGAAACCAAAUCCAUGAAGACCUGAAGGCAUCCUCAGCGAGUCCUCCUGAAGGCGUCUGAAGCGAGUCCUCCUGAAGGCGUCUGAAGCGAGUCCUCCUGAAGGCAUCCUCAGCGAGUCCUCCUGAAGGCGUCUGAAGCGAGUCCAUCUGAAGGCGUCCUCAGCGAGUCCUCCUGAAGGCGUCCUCAGCGAGUCCACCUGAAGGCGUCUGAAGCGAGUCCUCCUGAAGGCGUCUGAAGCGAGUCCUCCUGAAGGCGUCUGAAGCGAGUCCUCCUGAAGGCGUCUGAAGCGAGUCCAUCUGAAGGCGUCCUCAGCGAGUCCUCCUGAAGGCGUCUGAAGCGAGUCCUCCUGAAGGCGUCUGAAGCGAGUCCUCCUGAAGGCGUCCUCAGCGAGUCCUCCUGAAGGCGUCUGAAGCGAGUCCUCCUGAAGGCGUCUGAAGCGAGUCCACCUGAAGGCGUCUGAAGCGUGUCCUCCUGAAGGCGUCUGAAGCGAGUCCUCCUGAAGGCGUCUGAAGCGAGUCCUCCUGAAGGCGUCUGAAGCGAGUCCUCCUGAAGGCGUCUGAAGCGAGUCCACCUGAAGGCGUCUGAAGCGAGUCCUCCUGAAGGCGUCCUCAGCGAGUCCUCCUGAAGGCGUCUGAAGCGAGUCCUCCUGAAGGCGUCUGAAGCGAGUCCACCUGAAGGCGUCUGAAGCGUGUCCUCCUGAAGGCCGAGUCGACACGUUGUUCCGCCUGUUGCUGUUUAGAUGCACAGAGCGUUCGAGCACCUUGGAGACGUAAACGUCCUCCUCAGGUCACAGGUCAGAGGUCCCAGGGACCUGAAGAGUCUUUGAUCUGAGCAGGAAGUGAACGAUGCCGGAUGAGGACCAGCCUGCAUGUAAUCUGGAUGUUAGACUUCUCUUGUUGCCGUGCAUGCUAACGCCUUAACACUGACCUGAUUCUGGAGUGUAAACAAACAUCUGAACGUUUCCUCUGCUCGACCCGUGCAGAACAGCUGGCUCAUCCUGGUUUAGAUCAUAUUCAGGAUCAGGUGUUUACCUGGUUAUUCUCAGUCAUAGUGUUCUGCACGUUGCACAGUUUACAGUUGAGGCGUCAUGAUGACAUCAUCAUCCAUAGACUGUAUAUGAGAAGUGGACGUAGCCACUGUGAUGUCACCAACUGAUUUAUAGAGAACUGUUUGAAGCCUCUAAUGUGGAACUUUUGGCUGCCGCCAUCUUGGUUUUCUAGAGCCGGGUGGAUCCAUAUUUGAGAGUGAAGUAUCGGAUUAACUAACUCUAAAUGAUGGGCUAGCUAGCGCCAGCUGCGUUAGCGAGGUGUAAUACUUGGCGUGUUGCUAAGCUAGUGGCGGUCUUUAUACUCAAUGAGAAGUCAGAAUAAAAAGUACUGUAGGUUUAUGACACUAAGGUGAAGGAGUCCGGAGGCUCCGCCCACUUCUUUCACACAGUCUGUGUUUGGAUCACUUGGGGAGAGCGAUGCCUGUGACCUGUGACCUCUCUCCUGCUCCCCCUGCUGGCUGACGUGAGCUCAUGAGCACUCCUGGUGGCUGGAACAUGAACUGUAAGGCUGACUCUACUCGUGGUUAUUACUACCUGUCCAGGUGAACAUGUGCAGGCACAGUAUUGAGAUGUAUACAUUUUUUAUGUCAUGUCUUUUUUUUUCUUAACAUUUUUUAAUCUCGAAUGCUUCCGGGGAACGUUUCAGACGGUUGUUUUCCAUCCACACUUCAAACACUAGUCUGCUGAUUUCUCAUAUUUCUUUAAACCGUUUGAGCUCACACAUUUUACUGAAGCUCGACGCCGCCUGAACGCCUGCUGGACCACCAUAGAGCUCUAUGGCAGACAGGUCAUUCAGUGUUUAUAAGAAGAGAAAUAAAUCAAAUCAGCAGAACUCUCCGACUCACCCUUUAAGCCUCUUACAGUUAACCAUUUACUGCCUUCUGAUUGGACGCAUUUAUACUUCUGAUGUGUUCGCUCACAAAGGAACUCUGUGGAUGUUGAGUUUGUAUUCCCUCUAAUGGAACCUGUCCAAUCACAGAGCUUCUAAACCCUUAAUUCCACCAGAUGCGUGUUCGGUCCGUCUCCACUCGUAGCUUAGCGUAUUGUUUUCACUUUAUUCAGUGUGUUCUUCCGCCGUCACGUUAGCUUAGCAUAGCAUAUUGUUUUCACUUUAUUCAGUGUGUUCUUCCGCCGUCACGUUAGCUUAGCAUAGCAUAUUGUUUUCACUUUAUUCAGUGUGUUCUUCCGCCGUCACGUUAGCUUAGCAUAGCGUAUUGUUUUCACUUAAUGCAGUGUCUCUCUGCAGAUACACCAGACUUCUGUCUCUGCAGGAUGUCGGAGCACGGAGCAUCAAAUCACCACAAAGCAGAUCGAGCACGACAGGAAGUCAGACACAGAAACAACAUUAAAACUUCCUGUUUAUUUUCAGAAUAAAAGACCAUACAAGGUUCAGAUCUGUUGAUGUUUGUACAGUUUUAGACGUAUAUCGUAUCAUCUUGCGCUGUCGGCGUGAUUCUGUUAUUACCUCGUGACUCCAGCUGUCCGGCGCCGCUGCUCCGUGCUGCCCCUGUGGGAGGAGCCGUAAUGGAGCGGAGCGGUAACGCACACGUAUCUGGUGGAAGUUCUGUGUGACUCCGUGGUGUGGAGGUCUCUGGCUGUCCCAGGUCAGGGUCUAACCCGGACCCCCCCUUGUACUGUUUGUUGUAGCACUUAAAGAAACGUUGAAGAGGAGAGCAGCAGACGUCCCGUGUAGCCAUGACGGAUUCAUUUCAAAUAAAAACACUCAAAUUAA